AUGUCGAAUAGUCUGUUGACCACCGCAUUUCUUGGCGCCGGCACCGCUCUGAUCACAUGCCUUCUCAUCGUCGCCACACUCUUCAACGAUAAUCAGGAGUUGAAAAUCGAUGUGCAUGAUGGAAUUGCCGAGUUCAAGGUUAUCGCCAACGAUCUCUGGGAUGCGAUGGUUCAAGAGACAUCGAAGCACACGUUUGAUGAUUCCAGACAAUUGCGGAAGAGAAGCAGCGGUGCAUCGAGCUGUAGCAAGUGCUCCGAAAACAAUGACUGUCCUCCUGGACCUCCAGGACCAAAAGGAGCAGAUGGCGAGCGAGGAGUUGAUGGGGAGAAUGGGGAACCUGGCGUCGAUGGAAACACAGCAACACCGGCUAGAAAUCAGAAGACAAGCUAUGGAUGCAUAAAAUGCCCUGCUGGACCUCCAGGACCACCGGGACCUGACGGCGAGUCUGGACCGGCUGGCCAAGACGGGCAUCCUGGUGAGCCGGCACCAAAUGGGAAUGAUGGAGCCCCGGGAGAGGACGGAGCCGCGGGAGAGCCAGGCGCUCCAGGCGAACCAGGACAACCCGGAUCGCAAGGUGAAAAUGGAAAGAAUGGGGUGAAGGGAGGCGUCGGAGCGCCGGGAGCCGAAGGACCACCGGGUCCACCGGGACCUGCCGGAAAUCCUGGAGCCGCCGGCGCACCCGGAGCGCCAGGACAAUCGGGAAGCCCUGGAAUCGCGGGACGAAAUGGAAACGACGGCGCGAGUCCCGACGGACCGCCGGGAGCGCCGGGAGAUAACGGAGCGCCUGGAAACGAUGGAGCCUAUUGUCCGUGCCCGCAACGAACCGAGAUUCAUGACGAUUUGGUGACGGCGGUGAAAGAAUCGCAAGCCUAUCAACGACUUCUCUAA